GCCGAAUGCGAGGCCACCGGCGGCGAAGGGGUGCGCGAGGAUGGGGGCGCCCACAGGCCUCCUACUUGGGCCCUUGGCGGCAAAGGCGCAAAGCCGUGGGCCAAAAGCUGGCUACCGUGGGGCACCGCAGGUGAGCCGAGAAAGGGGCGGAGAAGGCCUCGUGUAUACGGGCCCUCGGCGGGCGGCGGGAAAGGAGGACCGCCACCCAGCGGAACAGGCACGGAAUCGGCACGUGCCGCCUGCGCGCCGCCGAUGUUCGGCCGCAGUUCUCGGGCGUUCUGGACAGGGUGCCGCGCAAGGCCCAGCCGCUGCCGCCACCAACCAACAACGCGCCAUGGGUUGUGCCUGCUGGUUUUGCGCACUCCCUUUUUGCGGGGCGCCACGCUCGCCGUCCUGUGAAGGGGCGCGCUCGGAGGAUGCGCGAACCACACUGCCAGCUCCACCCCGAUGUUGA